GGCAAGAUUGGUGUAGUCUUCAAUAUUGGCACAGUGGAUAUCUCUAUUAAAGAGGAAAGCACACCUGUAAAUGAUGGCAAAUACCACGUAGUACGCUUUACCAGGAAUGGUGGCAAUGCCACACUUCAGGUUGACAGCUGGCCAGUGAAUGAACACUAUCCCACAGGCAACACUGAUAGUGAACGGUUCCAAAUGGUAAAACAGAAAAUCCCCUUCAAAUAUAACCGGCCUGUAGAGGAGUGGCUGCAGGAAAAAGAUGAUGCUACACCGCAUCACCACUUGACUUCAAGACCCGUCACGACGACCACCAAAAUUGGACGACAGUUAACGAUCUUCAACACCCAGGCGCAAAUAGCCAUAGGAGGGAAGGACAGAGGGCGUCUCUUUCAAGGCCAGCUCUCCGGUCUCUAUUACAAUGGCUUGAAAGUGCUGAACAUGGCAGCGGAGAACAACCCCAACAUUAAAAUCAAUGGAAGUGUCCGACUCGUUGGGGAAGUCCCUUCCAUCUUGGGAACGACACCCACAACCUCUGUGCCACCAGAAAUGUCUACUACAGUCAUGGAAACCACAACUACGAUGGCGACCACUACAACCCGAAAAAAUCGUUCGCCGCCCAGCAUCCAGACCACAGAUGACAUUGUUUCAUCAGCUGAAUGUUCCAGUGACGAUGAAGAUUUCAUUGACUGUGAACCCAGUACAGGAGGUGAAUUAGUUAUCCCUCUACUUGUAGAAGACCCUUUAGAUAUCCCUCCUAUUGCUACUCGUGCACCUUUCAUUACACUUCCCCCUACCUUUCGCCCCCUCCUCACCAUUAUUGAGACCACCAAAGAUUCCCUGUCCAUGACCUCUGAGGCGGGGUUACCUUGCUUGUCGGACCGAGGCAGCGAUGGUUGUGAUGAUGAUGGCUUGGUGAUAUCUGGGUAUGGCUCAGGGGAAACCUUUGACUCUAACCUACCCCCUACUGAUGAUGAAGAUUUUUACACCACCUUCUCCUUGGUAACAGAUAAGAGUCUUUCCACUUCCAUCUUCGAAGGUGGCUACAAAGCACACGCACCCAAGUGGGAAUCCAAGGACUUUAGACCUAACAAAGUCUCCGAAACUGGUAGGACUACUACCACGUCUUUGUCCCCUGAGCUGAUCCGCUCCACAGCUUCGUCCUCGACUGGGAUGGUGCCCAAAUUGCCAGCCGGCAAAAUGAAUAACCGUGAGCUCAAACCCCAGCCUGACAUAGUCUUGCUUCCGUUGCCCACUGCCUAUGAGCUAGACAGCACAAAGCUGAAGAGCCCGCUAAUCACUUCCCCCAUGUUCCGUAAUGUGCCCACAGCAAACCCCACGGAGCCAGGAAUCAGACGGGUUCCGGGGGCCUCAGAGGUGGUCCGCGAGUCGAGCAGCACAACGGGGAUGGUCGUCGGCAUUGUGGCUGCUGCCGCCCUCUGCAUCCUCAUCCUCCUGUACGCCAUGUACAAGUACAGGAACAGGGACGAGGGGUCCUAUCAGGUGGACGAGACGCGGAACUACAUCAGCAACUCAGCCCAGAGCAACGGCACGCUCGUGAAGGAGAAGCAGCAGAGCUCAAAGAGCGGCCACAAGAAGCAGAAAAACAAGGACAAAGAGUAUUAUGUGUAAAAAAGAAUACUUAUUUAUAUAUAAAUAUAUAAAUACUUAAUGAGAUUUAACUGAAAUAUCAGAACCAUUGCAGCGAACGAGAUGAUUGGGAGAUAUCGUUUGUGGGAAAAAGUAUUGGGAAAAAAAUUUCAGCAGUGACUGUUAAUGUCUCAGUCAUCACUUGGAGUCAGCAAUCUUUGCCCUAAUGUAUUAUAAAGCACACUUAGCGUUCUGGAGAUGGCGCGCACAGCUCUGCUCUGUUAGUGAACUUGGACAUCUCCAAAUCUCCUCCUCCGCUGAACUUUCUGCAAAAGUAGAAGACUUCAUGGCUUACUUGUUUCAUAUCUCCAAGUGAGUCUUUAACAAUGUUCGUGACCCUGACUGUAUCGAUAAUUUUUCAGUUUACUUAUUUAAAAAAAAAAAAAAAAAAAAAAAAAAAAAAAAAAAAAAAAAAAAAAAAAAAAAAGGAAAGAAAAAUUUAAAAAAUACAAACAAUAUUAAACAACAAAGAAAUAUUGAACAAAAUUAUCUGGACGUGUCCAGCAUGCAUAUAAUUUUUCGAGAUUGGAGGAGGGGAAUAAAAGAUUUUGGAGAUUGUUGGAUUUUUGGUUUGGUUUGGUUUGGUUUGGUUUCUUGGGUUACUUACUGUUUGUUUCUUUUGAUUACUUUUGGGUAUGGGAGGGAAGAAUGGAGUGGAAUGGUGCAGGGGGUCAACCAUAUGUUGAGAAGAAAUCUCGGAAAAAAAAAUCCCUAAUAAAUAAAGAGAGACUAUUGCCAUAUAUGAACUCAAAAGCUACCCAUGGUGUUUACUCUGCAUAUCUGAUUGUGUUGUCUCUAGAACCCUUGGUCUUGCAGUAAGUUGUUUACUAACAACGCAGUGAAAGUGAUUCAUGGGUGGUGCUGAAGAAAAUUAUCAUGGAAAGCUGGUUCCCUUGGAUAUGGCUCCAGUAUUUGUAAUUGAACUGAAGAGUAGACUGGUUUGGGUCUGUUCUGAUCAGUCAUUGGUUUUAUUUGAGUACAGGACUUAGUAUGCAUUAGCACAGUCAAAGUAUGUUUAACAGGAUUUGGAGAUUCAAAAAAGAAUUCUUAAAAAUUAUUAACUGUUCUGAGCUGAACAUACUGUGCAAAAAUAAAGGAGCCUUCCUCUGGGUUCUGGUUCUGUGACAUUGCAAUGCAUGCAAAAAAUAGUGAUAAAUCAGUUUCAUAAAGAGAUCAGAGAGACAUCACUGGAGUUCAACUUGUGACAAGACCAAUAAAUGUCAGAAAAGCUAAACCCUUGUAGAAGACUGCAAAAUACAUAGAUUUUUUUUUACAUAUAACUUGUUUUCAUGUGUAAUAUUUUAAUUUUGUAGCUUGACAUUUCAGAUCAUCUGUCUUUCCAUUUGCCCUAUUCUCCCUUUUCCUCUUUUAUAUAAAAGAAACUAAAUAAAGCUGCUGUGACACACAAAAAAAAUAAAGAAAAAUUAAUUUAAUAAUAUAAUAUAUAUAUAUACACACAGAUAUAUUUAUCAUGGUAUGUUUGAUGGGACGACUGGAACAGAAGUUCUGUUAUGGUCUUAAUGCGGAAUGAGAAUGUUCUUGAAGAACAGAGUAAAAAGAAACAGACAACAAAAGCAAACCUUAAAAUGUGAAGUGUGUGUUUUAGCUUUGUCACAGUUACCUGUGUCAAAAAAAAAAAUCUGAAAUUUUGUUUACAUAUUUUACUACUAUUUUUUUGCUAGUAUAAUUUCUAUAUGGAUACCCUGAUGGUGUAUAUACUGUUUUAUGGUUAAAUUGGGAAUUUCUUUUGUUUUAUUUAACUUAUUUAAUUUGGUUGUUUGGUUUCUACAUUUUCCCAGUUAUUGUGAAAAGGAUUAUCUUACUGUACAGAACAAUAGUGAGGCGGUUUGACGGCCAUGCCUAUCAUGAGCAAAAAAAUAAAUGAGGGAGAGGGAGAGAUAGAGAGGAAAAAAACAACAAAAACCAAGAAGGAUUGAGAACUCUGGAAUAUCAGAAAUGUACACUUUUGCUGUAUGCGGAUGAAAACUAAUCAGCUGUUUAGGUUUAGAAAUCUACUCUUGCUGGUGUUUAUAAGUCGCAUGAAUAUUUGACUCUGAAGAAGUGUCAUCAGAUACACACACGCACAUGGGAACUUAAAUUCAAAAAAAAACCAGUCUUCUCAAACAUUUAGAGAAGAUGCUUUCAUGUUAACAAAUAUUUUCAGUGCGUGUAUGUGUGCGUGUGUGUGGUGCGUGUGCGUGUGUGUGAGGUUGAGCUUUUUUUCUUUUUUAUUUUUUAUACUAAAAAGAAAAAAAAAGACAGGUUUUAAAAAGGUAUGAAAGCACGAUUUUAGAUGACUUAACUGGCCGAAACUAUAUAAAGUUGAUUAUAUCUUGAUGUCUGUAAAAGAUUGCUGUUCUUGGAGUCUUGGAGUCUUGUGAAAUGAUUUCCUGCUUUCUUUCUUCCUUUUCUUUUCGCUUUCCUUUUUUAAGUUAAAGGAAAAAUAUUUACACUUUCCUUUUUUGUGUAAGUUUCUAUUGGACAGUUUUUUGGGAACAUGUGCAUUUCUGUAUGUGGGCUUCUACCAUAUCCCUGUUGCUUUAUGGACAACCUGAAGAAUUUUUAUUUGAGUUUUUGUGAUGUUAUUGCUUUUUUUCCCUUUCUUUUUCUUCUUCCUUUUUGAUUCUUUUUCUUUUCUUAGUUGCAUUUUGUUUAAAGAUAUGCUUAGCAAUAAAAUGUUCUUCCCAAA